AUGAGUGAUCUUCCAAUUGAAUUUACAGAGCUGGUUGACUUGAAGUCGGUUGGGAUCUCCCCUCAAUCCCUAGACUUCAGGUCAACUACUUUCGAAAGCGACCGUUUCGUGACGGUCAGAGAAUCACAAAAUGGAGCCAAUUCCGUGGCUAUUGUGGACCUACACAAUGGCAACCAAGUCACCAGGAAGAAUAUGGGUGGUGAUUCUGCGAUCAUGCACCCUUCCCAAAUGGUAAUCUCCGUUAGGGCCAAUGGUACCAUUGUACAAAUUUUCAAUCUCGAAACAAAGUCCAAGCUAAAGUCAUUCACCAUGGAGGAGCCUGUACUGUUCUGGAAGUGGUUAGACGACGAAACAUUGGGUUUGGUCUCUGCCAACUCCCUCUAUCUUUCCCAGGUUUUCGACGGUGACGUGUCGCGUAAACCCGCGAAGCUCACUCAGAGACACGCAAACUUGAAUAACACCCAAAUCAUUAAUUUCGUUGCCAACAAGAAACUCGACUGGUUUGCUGUUGUUGGUAUCAUCCAGGAAAACGGCCGUAUCGCAGGUAAGAUACAGCUGUUCUCCAAGGCGCGCGGAAUCUCCCAGGCCAUUGAUGGCCACGUUGCCAGUUUUUCCAACAUCCUGCUCGAAGGUAACACAACACCAGUUCAGGUUUUCGUAACUGGUAACAGGAACCCAACAACUGGUGGUGGCGAGCUGCGCAUCAUCGAAAUCGACCACGAUGCCUCCAAUCCUGUCCAAUACCAAAAGAAAACCGUCGACAUCUUCUUCCCUCCAGAUGCUGUCAAUGAUUUCCCUAUUGCUGUUCAGGUCUCAGAGAAGUACGGUGUCAUUUAUGUCCUUACGAAAUAUGGUUUCAUCCAUUUGUAUGAACUGGAAACAGGUGCUAAUCUUUUCGUCAACAGAAUUACCGCAGAGUCCGUCUUCACUGCAACCAGUUAUAACAGUAAGAAUGGUAUUGCAUGCAUCAACAAGAAGGGUCAGGUGCUGGCUGUGGAAAUUGCCACUGAUCAAAUCGUACCAUACGUCUUAAACAAGCUAUCUAACGUUUCCCUCGCGUUGACUAUGGCUUCUAGAGGUGGUCUCCCAGGGGCCGAUGAUCUUUUCAACAAACAGUUCGACUCUUUGUUGGCUUCUGGUGAUUACCAAUCUGCUGCUAAAGUUGCCGCUUCUUCACAACAGCUAAGAACUCAAACGACCAUCAACAGAUUGAAAAACAUCCAAGCUCCUCCCGGUGCCAUUUCUCCAAUUUUGCUUUACUUCUCAACUUUACUUGAUAAAGGUAAACUAAAUAAGUAUGAGACGAUAGAGUUGGCCAGACCAGUCUUACAACAAGACAGAAAGCAGCUAUUUGAAAAGUGGUUGAAGGAGGACAAAUUGGAAUGUUCAGAGGAAUUAGGUGACAUUGUCAAGCCAUUCGAUACCACUUUGGCUUUGGCAUGUUAUUUGAGAGCUGAAAUUCACCCUAAGGUGAUCGCAUGUCUAGCAGAACUACAACAAUUUGAUAAGAUUUUACCAUACGCCCAAAAGGUUGGUUAUCAACCAAAUUUUGUAGUUUUGGUGUCCAAUUUGUUGCGCACUUCUCCUGACAAGGCCUCCGAGUUUGCCAUCAGUCUAUUGCAAUCCCCUGAGACUGCAUCGCAGGUUGAUGUUGAGAAAAUUGCAGACAUUUUCUUCGGGCAGAACUUUAUUCAGCAAGGUACCUCUUUCUUACUUGACGCAUUAAAAGGUGACACCCCAGAUCAAGGCCAUCUUCAAACACGUGUCUUGGAAGUGAAUUUGUUGCACGCUCCACAAGUUGCGGAUGCUAUCAUGGGAAACAACAUCUUCACACAAUACGAUAAGCCUACUAUUGCGUCAUUGGCGGAGAAAGCUGGUUUGUACCAAAGAGCUUUGGAAAAUUACACUGACAUCAAAGAUAUUAAGCGCUGCAUAAUCCACUCGAAUGCCUUACCCAUUGAUUGGUUGGUUGCUUACUUCGGUAAGUUGAACGUUGAACAAACUCUCGCAUGCUUAAAGGCAUUGAUGGAUGACAAUUUGCAAGGAAAUAUUCAAAUUGUCAUCCAAGUUGCUACCAAGUAUUCUGACCUUCUUGGUUCUCAAGUUCUGAUUAAGCUAUUUGAGGAAUACAGAGCAACUGAGGGUUUAUACUACUACUUGGCUUCUUUGGUUAAUCUAACCGAAGAUAAGGAUGUGGUCUUCAAGUACAUCCAAGCUGCCGCAAAGAUGGGUCAGUACAAGGAAGUUGAGCGAGUUGUCAGAAGCAACAAUAUUUACGACCCAGAGAAAGUCAAGAACUUUUUGAAAGAUGCUAAGCUUCCUGAUCAAAUGCCUCUUGUUAUUGUUGCUGAUCGCUUUAACUUUAUUCAUGACUUAAUAUUGUAUUUGUACAAAUCACAAGAUUUCAAAUUCAUCGAAGUUUAUGUUCAACAAGUUAAUCCUUCAAAGACUCCUCAAGUGGUCGCCGCGCUUCUAGAUGUAGACUGUGAUGAAAAAGUAAUUCAGAACUUGUUGCAAACCGUUUUGGGUCAAGUGCCAAUUGCUGAAUUGACUGCGGAAGUUGAGAAGAGAAAUAGACUCAAGAUCUUGUUGCCAUUCUUGGAGGAAAGCUUGAAGCAAGGUGUUCAGGAACAAGCUGUUUACAAUACUCUUGCUAAAAUCUACAUCGACUCUAACAACUCUCCAGAGAAGUUUUUGAAAGAAAAUGAUCAGUAUGACACCCUCGAUGUUGGACAUUACUGUGAGAAGAGAGAUCCUUAUCUCGCUUACAUUGCCUAUGAAAAAGGUUCAAAUGAUGAUGACUUGAUUAGAAUUACCAAUGAAAACAGCAUGUACAAAUACCAAGCUCGUUACUUAUUGAAGCGUUCUGAUAUCGGUUUGUGGGACAAAGUUUUAGCGGAGGAUAAUAUCCAUCGUCGUCAACUGGUCGAUGCAGUUGUUGGCACCGGAAUUGGGGAAUUAACAGACCCUGAACCAGUCUCCCUAACUGUGCAAGCAUUUAUGAACAAUGGGAUGAAAUUGGAGCUAAUUGAGUUGUUAGAAAAGAUCAUUUUAGAGCCAUCUCCAUUUAAUGAUAAUGCUGCUUUGCAAGGUCUGCUAUUGCUAUCUGCAAUUAGAUACGAGCCAUCAAAGGUUGCCUCCUAUAUUGAAAAACUUGACAAGUUUGACAUUGAUGAAAUUGCUCCAAUGUGUGUCCAGAGUGGAUUGAAUGAGGAAGCUUUUGAAAUCUAUGAUAAGAACGAAAAAUACGAUAAGGCGUUGAAAGUUUUGGUUGAAGACGUCAUGUCCUUAGACCGUGCGGAGGCUUACGUAGACAAAAUUAAUACCCCUGAUUUGUGGUCACAAUUGGGUGCCGCUCAGCUCAUCGGCUUGCGUAUUCCAGAUGCUAUCAGCUCUUACAUCAAGGCAGAGGAUCCUUCCGAUUAUGAAAAUGUCAUUGAGGUAGCUGAGCAAGCAGGAAAGUUCGAGGAAUUGAUCCCUUACUUACUAAUGGCCAGAAAAACGCUAAAGGAAAAGAAGAUCGACGGAGCCUUGAUUUUGGCAUACGCUGAACUAGACAAACUUCACGAAAUUGAGAAUCUAUUGGCUGGCUCUACUGUCGCUGAUUUGGAUUCAGUGGGUGAAAAGCUCUUUGAGAAUAAAGACUACAAAGCAGCUAAGCUCUGUUUCUCUGCGGUUUCUAACUACUCAAGACUUGCUACAACUUUGGUGUACUUGAAUGACUACCAGGCGGCUGUCGAUACCGCUAGAAAAGCUUCAAAUAUUAAAGUUUGGAGACAAGUUAGCGAUGCCUGUGUCGACAACAAGGAAUUUAGAUUGGCUCAAAUCUGUGGGUUGAAUUUGAUUGUUCACGCUGAAGAGUUAGAUGAGUUGGUUGAGAAAUACGAAUCUAACGGUUACUUUGAGGAGUUAAUCUCACUCUUCGAAGCAGGCUUGGGUCUAGAAAGAGCUCACAUGGGAAUGUUCACGGAGCUAGCUAUUUUGUACACGAAGUACGAUCCUUCAAAGACUUACGAGCAUUUGAAAUUGUUCUGGUCCAGAAUUAAUAUUCCUAAGGUUAUCAGAGCUGUCGAAGCAGCUCACCUAUGGCAGGAACUUGUUUUCCUCUACGCUCACUACGAUGAAUGGGACAAUGCUGCCUUAACUAUGAUCGACAAAUCUGCUGAUAACUUUGACCACUCCUAUUUCAAGGAGAUCGUUGUUAAAGUUUCAAACCUCGAAAUAUAUUACAAGGCUAUUAAUUUCUACGUCAAAGAACACCCAUCCUUAUUAAUUGACUUGAUGACAGUGCUUACACCAAGAUUAGAUAUCCCAAGAACGGUUCGUAUCUUUUCGAAGUCAGACAACUUGCCAUUGAUCAAACCAUUUUUGGUGAAUGUUUUGCCAAAGAACAACUCUGUUGUCAAUCAAGCCUAUCACGAUUUGAUGAUCGAAGAGGAGGACUAUAAGGCUCUCAAGGAUGCUGUCGAUUCUUACGAUAAAUUCGAUCAACUUGAACUUGCCUCUCGUCUUGAAAAACAUGACUUGAUCUUUUUCAAGAAGAUUGCCGCUGAACUGUACCGCAGGAACAAGAAGUGGGCCAAGAGCUUGGCAAUUUUGAAGGAGGAGAAAUUGUGGAAGGAAGCUAUUGAAACUGCAGCAAUUUCUCAAAGUACACAAGUUGCAGAAGAGUUGUUGACUUAUUUUGUCGAUACUGAUAACACUGAGGCUUUUGUCGCACUAUUGUACACUGCAUAUCAUUUGAUCAGAUAUGACUUCGUCUUGGAAACUGCUUGGUUGAACUCUUUAGAGACCUAUGUUAAGCCAUAUGAGAUCUCUGUAAAGAAGGAACAAUACGACAACAUUCAAAAACUGGCAAAAGAUAUUGCCGAAAAGACAGUCUCCGAACCUACUGCAACCGAUGGUCAACCUCUUAUGUUGACUAAUGGAGCUAUGGGUUACCAACCCACUGGCCAAGGUUUUGGUAACAUGAUGUAA